GCUCUCUCGCUCGUGUUUGUGUUAGUUCCUACGGGCCCCUGGGAUUCUGGAGCUCCUGCCUCGGUGGGACCAGGGCUUGAGAUUCUGCCUCUCGAGUAAACUCUUGCACUUGUAAGUCUGCUGCUGGUCCAAGGAACACGUUUUGAGUGUCAAGGGCAAGGCGUGACUCCUGCAAGGAGAGGUCCGGCGUUUUCUAAGGUGGGGGUGGGGAGGCUUGAGAGAGAGCGAGACUGGAUAUCAAAGUCCCAGGCAUCCCUAACGAUUUGGCCUCAUGAGAACGUGCCCAGUCUGCUCUGGACAUGGAUGGGCACUGGGUGGGGGAGAGGCCUCCCCCGACGCAGAGGCUGUGGGCAGGAGAGAGGUCCGAGCCUACGGAGAACUUAAAAAGACAGCAUCGGGGAGACUGGGCACCGUAAUGAACCGAGUUGUGCUGGGACCUGGCUCUCCAACACACAGGGUCUGACUGAUGAGCAAGUGGGACUUCAGAUCUCUCCGUCUGGGGCUCAGGCAGAAAACAGAUGGAGAAACUGAGCCAUCAGACCAGCGGGAGGCGAGAUCGAUGGGAGGAGCCCCUCCCGGUGUCCGCCUGAACCAGAACUCGUGCUUCUCCCGCAGUCCGGUUUUCAAAAUGGAGGCCAGGCUGCAACCUCGUUUGCUCCUUCCCCGGGGGCCCGAAACGUAGCCUGCACUGCUCCUAACUCUUUGUCAAAUACCGAGUGUUCAACUUUAACGCUAGAGGCGUCUUUGCUUUGCUUCAUCCCCAUGGCUGAACUCCGUUGGAAUGAAAUGAAAGAACCCCAGUGGAAUCCUGGUCCACACCGGGCAGGACACGUCCCUUCCUGGGGUACAGGCAUGGCCACGGUCCCGGGGUGGCCGGAAAUGGUCAAACUAGACCACAUCUCUGUUCUGCUUGGAAUUCCAGGCCCCUCAACGUUGCCUAACUUGUGUUUUUUUUUUCUUAUUUAUUUUCUAGUUGGCGCUUGGGGGCAGGACGACAAUGACAACCCUUCAGAAGGGACAGAUCCACAGAUACCUACGUAUCAACAGUAUGGAGUUUCCAUCUCUGGAGACUCGGUAGAGCUGACAUGCCCUGAGGAGGCAGACGAUGAAUUGAUCAAAUGGGAAAAAAAUGGUAAAGACUUACCCAAUGAAUCUGGAAAACAGCUACGUCUGGAAGAGUUUUCAGAAGUGGAAAAUGGUGCUUCCUAUGCCUGUUACACAGACAGCUCCAAGGAGAAGAGCUAUCUCUACCUGAGGGCCAGAGUGUGUAAGAACUGCGUGGAGGUGGACCUGACGACCACGGUGGCCAUCAUCGUGGCUGACGUCUGUGUCACCCUGGGACUGCUGCUGGGGGUCUACCACUGGAGCAGGAACAGAAAGACCAAGUCCACGCCUGUGACGAGAGGGGCCGGUGGCGGCGGCAGGCCCAGAGGACAAAAGAAGGAGAGACCACCACCUGUUCCCAACCCAGACUACGAGCCCAUCCGGAAAGGCCACCAGGAUCUGUACUCAGGCCUGAAUCAGAGGGGCACCUGAUGGCCCUGAAGGACCCUCCCUCCCCCUGGGCGGGUCUGGCUUCUCCGGGUCCUACUCUUUCCUGGGCCCGGAGCAGAUCUUGGACCUGGGAGAGAGCUGCUCCCCUGCCCGCUGGAGGCCCCGUCGCCUCCCAUCGCGCCCUCCCUGCCGGCACGCUGUCCUAGAAGAUCCCGCCACGGCUGCUCGCCCCUCACACCUGGACGCCCUCUCGUCCGGGCAUUUAUUUCUGUGAUUCACCCCGCCCCCACCUGCAGGAGAUCUCCCUUCCCCUCCGCUUCCCCCCUUCCUUGCACAGAAGUUGCCUCACCCCUAGCUACUCCGUCUACCUUUCCACUUCCCCAGCCCUCUCUGUGGUGACCCUUUGUGGGGACGGACCGGGUAACGCUGGCCGGGGUCCUGGCCCGGAGCCAGCCCUCUGCGCCCUCCCCCACGCCUCCCCUGCAGGCCCCUGGGUGGCCGCUUGCAUCCUCAUGAGUGUGCUAGGCUCCGUGUCAGCUGAGAGAGGGAGGAAAUAAAGUGGUUUUGGCUGAAA